AUGGCGUCGAUCACGGGGAUGUUGGCGUACGCCGUUCCCAUGUCGUGUACCAGCAGCAGCAGACCCAGGGCUUCGUCUCCCGCGUCGCCGGGCGGCGGCGGCGGCGGCGGCGGCGGCGGGGGGGGAUGGAUGGGAGUGGAGUGCUCGUCGCGGCCGCAGAAGAAGGCGACGGCGCACCACAUGAAGACGAGGCCUAAGAAGACGCAGCCUUGGGACGUCAAGCGAAAGGGCCCGACCGCGUACCCACCUCUCCCCGUCCUCCCUCCGGAUUGGACCCUCGUCCCCGAGCAGGAGCAGGCGGCGGCGAAGGAGGUGGAAGAAGCUCCGGCCACCGUCGCAGAGUGA